UUUAAUUUUACCAUUAUACGCAGUGGGUGGGAGCGACUGGGUAACACCUGCGCCGCGCACGUCCCCUUGCUAACCGCGCCGCUUUGUAUUUUCAUACAGCCCGAGUCCCUUAUACAGGAGACACAUUCUCUUUGCGCGUACUUAAAAUCAAUCAAGGUGACUUCCUUAGCAGGCAAGGUGUCUCAUAGAAAAUACAGGAUGUGUUCCAAGCACAGACACGCAUAUUGGAUGCCGAAUCAAAUAUUGCUGAUCAAGUCGGUGGAACAGCUGCCGAUAAUAUAUACGAGGACGUACGAGCCGCCCUGCGAGGCUGACCUGAAUGAGGCUUGGAGCUUCGUGUCGUUGGAGACUGCUCUGCCGCAGAGCCUCUGCAAGCUGCGUUGGUCGAUCAUUCGCUGGAGCUACCUCAAGGUCCACCAACUGAUGCGUGAUCAUCGCGUGCCCCGCUGCACGCUGGAGAGCCACCCUCAGACCAGGAAAUAUCUGGACGGCAAUCUCAACUUCUUGAUCCCAUUGCUGGAUGACUUCACUGAUGCAGACAUAGCUUCGCAUGUCCACAAGCGCUUCGACAAAAUCUUCGAUGUCAAGAAUCAAGCCUCACUUGAAAUGGUUGAUCUCUGGCUGCGCAACCGGGAUAGGCGCGAUUGUAACGAGUACUGCAUGGGGUGGCCCGAGCAUGACGUGUCGUGCCUGUACGACCAGGUGAAGGACAUGAGUCUGAACUACCAGGGCAAGAUCGACGAGGAGACUCCGUCCACCUCCGGAGGGUGCCCCAUGAAGGGCAAUGACGACAUCAUGUGCAUCAGCAGCGACUCCGAGGAUGAGUAAGCUGUCUGAUGCACAUGACGCAGUGGACGGCGUAAUCGCCAAGUUGGACGCACCAUAUUACCGUAUCUGUCCAACGAAGUCUAAAACUAAAACGCAUUCGUUGUAUUAGACAACAGCGUUAUAUUAGUCAUGUCCACUUUUAAUAUUAAUACUAUUCUUAUAUUCUUAUUACUCUAUGUGUGUUCGGUGAAACCACCGAUAGUUGAUACCAAAAAAAAACUGAAGUAUUAGCGUUGCAUAUUAUAUAACGCUCAAUUCAUAUAUUUUCUAAAUGUUUAAAAAAUAACGAAGGUCAAAAUUAAUGUUAAAAACAAAAUUAUACUGGGAAGUUUGUAUGCGUAUAACAGUAUUGACAAACUCAGUAUCUAAUAUCAUUAAAGUAUGAAACAAAACGUAGAUACCUUCUAUUUCACAACUUUAGCAUUUUAAACGUAUAAUUGAUGUGUAGUUUACAAUCCUGUGAAAAUCUAAUUAUGUGGUCUAUGUGUAAAGCGUAAUCUUGAAUAUAGUCAGCAAUUGGCAAUUUUUUUUUAUCGAAAUGGCUCGAAUCGGAAAGGAAGAGAAAGGCCCAGGAAAGUGUUAAUUUCCAUGCAUAAUAGAUACCUACCUAAUUCAAAACUUACCUACUCAAUUAUUUGCGUAAGCACAAAAAUCGGUUUCGCGUAACUACUUAUUAUAUAUUUAUAUACGAAUUUCUUUUAGAAAAAGAGUUUAUUUUGUUAU